AGCAAUGUGUUCUAUCAUGGAUGACGACCUUAAGAAUUCAGUUUCUUCAUGUUGGAAGACAAUCCUAUAUAAUGUGCUCAUUGGCGUUGUGCUAGCUCUAAUUAUAGUCAUUACCAUAUGUGGAAAUGUGGUGGUAUGCCUGGCUGUUGGAUUUGACCGACGACUCCGAAGCAUGACAAAUUGUUUUAUUGUCUCUUUGGCUAUCACAGACCUUCUGUUGGGUAUUCUGGUGCUACCCUUUUCAGCCUUGAACUUGUUACAUGAAGAAUGGCCAUUUGGAUCUACAUUUUGCAAUAUUUAUACAAGCCUGGAUGUUAUGCUGUGCACAGCCUCUAUUCUAAAUCUUUUCAUGAUCAGCUUGGACCGCUACUAUGGAGUUACAGCCCCUCUGCGUUAUUCCAUGCUCGUGACUCCUUGCCGGGUAGCCAUAGCUAUGGGAGUUAUAUGGGUGGUAUCUCUCAUGGUCUCUUUCUUACCAAUACACCUUGGCUGGAAUACAAAAGAUAAAUCUAUCCAAAACCUUAGAGGAGAUGGAAGCAGAGAAUGCAAGUUGGAGCUGAACAAGGAAUACGUUUUAGUAGAUAGCUUAUUAACGUUUUAUCUUCCUUUGGUCAUAAUGUGUCUGAUGUACUACAAAAUCUUCAAGAUUGCCAGAGAACAAGCCAAAAGAAUAAAUCAUGCUAAUUGCUGCAAUGCGGUUAGCCCAACACUACCUACUGUUCGAGAACACAAAGCUACUGUUACUUUGGCAGCUGUGAUGGGGGCCUUCAUAAUCUGUUGGUUCCCUUAUUUCACAGUAUUUACAUAUGAAGGAGUGAAUGACAUUGAAGUUGAUGAAACAGCCUUCCUAAUUGUUCUUUGGCUAGGCUAUGCCAACUCUGCUCUCAACCCAAUUUUGUAUGCUGCUCUAAAUAGGGACUUUCGUACAGCCUAUCAACGCCUCCUUCACUGUAGACGUGUAGGUCCACUUAGCAAUGAAACCCCAUUUACCCUGAUUCACAUUCGACGUUCAGGAGAACGAACUCUACAAGAUAUGCAGAGGAUUCAUGAAGACAAGUCACAUAAUCUACAAGAAAGUAACGGAAAAGAAUGUAGCCCUUUCAUCAAAGAUGUUAAAGACAGCUCAGGACCAUAGGUUACUCAUCGUCCUCGAUUUUUAACCCUGUACAAGGCCCGCCACCAUAACUUUAAACUUCAGAGUGCUCAAUGCAGAGUCCAGCUGGAUCAGUGGACCAGGUCGGAUAUUCCAGAAGAAAAGGAAAAUAGAGCCAAGAGCACCUUGGAAGGAUUCAUCCCAGAUGGUGCAACAUGUGUUUGGAUUACAUGACCUGCAGAGCAACGCUGUGGCUUCUUAAAUACCUCCCAAAACAAAGGACAUGGACUUCAAUAUUAAAGGAAUCUCUGGCUGAAGCUCCAAACGAGGUGCAAGUUCUGCAGCCCGUAACGUCACUGCCAUUACAGCUUUAGGACACAGUAAUGAAUGAAAAAUAUUUGAUGUUUUCACAUACAGGGCCAAGAAGACCCUACUGACCCAGAUCCAAGUCACACAUUCUUUGGCAAUAAGCAAUCUCAUAUUUAGAAAUUGAACAUUGCAUGUGUC